UUCUUCCAAUUGUCUUCUUGAUUAAAUUUUGAACUUUUCCAUUCUUCAAAAAACAUUAUAAUCUUGAUUUUAAGAAUAAACCUUGUUGGUUACAUUUUGACAUCAUACAAUCUUGAUUCAAGUUUGAAUCUUGAUUGUAGCACGUUUUUUCUUCGUGUGGAAACUUUGAACCUACCUAAAUGAAGAUCACAUGAAAGCUUUUACGAGCAGUCAUGAAACUACCGGGUGUACAAUAAAAAGCUUUCAACUACUGGCAAAAGCUAUCCACUUGAAGAGCCGUAAACAUAUGAAUUUCGUGCACUGUCGUUUACCGUGGCGAGCGGUUGUGACGUAAUUGGGCUUUUAAAGGUGAUUGCUCGCUCGAUUUUUACUGAUAGCAGUAAACAAAUCGAAUCUGGUACCUCCGGUUUUUCGCACACACAGAGUGUUCGUCGGUCAAACGCAGUUGUUAUCUGAAACGGUUAUGAAGUGGACUAGGCGUUGCAAUAGAUUCUUUUACGGUAUUUAAGCCGCUGGACAGACGUCUGUUUGUUCAGUUUGCGAAUGCAUUUUAUAAGAGACACAACAAGUUAAACGCUGUUCGCGUUACAAAUUCAAGUUCUGAUAAUCUCACAAAAUGUUUUGGGUUCUACUUUUAACCAUUUCGCUGGUGCUGAUCGUGCAAUAUGUGCGUAGGCGUUACACAUACUGGCAAAGUGAGGGCGUGGUCGAGGAGAAGGCCAAGUUUCCCUACGGCGUACUCGAAUCGGUGGUGAAAAGUCAACGAGCUUUCGGUCUGGCUGUGUACGAUGUCUAUCUGCGACACAGUGCAAAGAUCGUGGGCAUCUAUAUGAUGAACAAACCCACGUUGCUGGUGCGAGAUGCUCACCUGGCGCGGCAAGUGAUGACCAGCGAUUUUGGUAGCUUCCACGAUCGUGGCGUCUAUGUGGAUGAGAAACACGCUCCACUGUCGUCCAAUUUGUUUAAUCUGCAAGGCGCUUCAUGGCGCAAUCUGCGCACCAAAUUGGCGCCUUCGUUCUCAUCGGGCAAGAUCAAGGGCAUGUUCGACACCAUCGACGAUGUGGGUGAGAAACUGGUGCAGCAUCUGCUGGGUGUCAUUGAGCGGUCGCCCAAUGAUGAAAUCGAAAUGAAAGAAAAGCUCACCACAUAUGCCAUUGAUAUCAUUGGUUCGGUUAUCUUUGGCCUGGACGUGGAUAGCUUCUCUAAUCCCAAUAAUGAGUUUCGUGCUUGCAGCGAUAUGUUGGUCAAAAAUGAUUCCGUGCUAAUGAAGAUCCACAACAUGUGUGUCUUUAUUUUUCCACCACUGGCCAGGCUCAUGAAUCGCAUGGGCUACGAGAACGAGAUGCUGACCAAGCUGCGUGACAUUAUGCGGCGCACCAUUGAGUUCCGUGAGAAGAAUAAUGUUGUCCGUAGGGAUCUGCUGCAGCUGCUUAUUCGUCUGCGCAACACGGGCAAGAUUGGCGAUGAUGACGAUGAAGUGUGGAACAUUGAGACGGCAAAGAGUGACCUCAAAGCCAUGUCCAUUGAGAAGCUUACCGCUCAGGCGUUCGUCUUUUACAUUGCCGGCUCGGAGACCACCGCAGCGACAGCAGCAUUCACACUCUACGAGUUGUCCAUGUCCCCGAAACUGCUGAAGGAGGCUCGCGAUGAAUUGGAUGCGGUCAUGGAGCGUCAUCAGCUCAAACGUGGCAACAAGUUCACCUACGAGGCAGUGCAGGAUCUUAAGUUCUUGGAUCUGUGCAUUAAUGAAACUAUGAGAAAGUAUCCUGCAUUGCCCUUCCUGAAUCGCGAGUGCACACAGGAUUUCAAAGUACCGGAUGGCGAUUAUACCAUCAAGAAGGGCACUCCCAUCCUCAUCUCGCUGCUUGGUAUUCAUCGUAAUGCCAACUACUUCCCCAAUCCCAUGGACUACGAUCCACAUCGCUUCGAUGCCGACAUCAUGAACUACGAUCAGUCGGCUUAUAUGCCAUUUGGCGAGGGACCUAGACACUGCAUUGCUCAACGUAUGGGCAAGGUCAACUCCAAGGUGGCUGUGGCCAAGAUACUGGCCAACUUCGAUUUGGUUGAAGCGCCUCGGAAAGAAGUCGAGUUUCGCUUUGAUCCAGCUCCUGUGCUAAUGCCGGAUGGCGGUUUGCCUCUGCGCCUGAAGAAGCGACUCUAAUCAAAAUGCAAACACAAAUAUUGUAUCUAAAUGUUUAUUAAUAAAGCGCAAAUGCCUCAAACUAAAA